AUGUCCACCGACGAAGACGCCAGCCAGCUGGCUAUUGACGAUGGCUCCCUCUCCUUCAACGACGUCUUCACCACCACCAGUGCCACACCCGAGCAACCCCUCAUCGCAUCCGAAAUCACAAAAUCGCUCUUCGACCCCAACAACGUCUGGGACUUUCAGGCUAACCCGUCUCUGGAAUCCUAUAACCUGACCACCCCCAGCAAUUCCGCUUCUCAGCCUGAUUUCAUCCCUCAGACCUGGGCUUUUCAAGGCUUUGAAAAUAACCAGCCAGCGGCCUCAUCCUCAUCGUCACAGUCGGCCACGGCCGGUAUUAACCCCAUCAACCUCUUCUCCAACAGCUCCGACCCCAACGGCUUCGCGGCCCCCGCUCCCAGUGAAGACGGUCGCGCCUCCAACGCCAGCUCCCGCCCUCCCGUCACACAGCCGCCUCGCUAUUCCACCUCGCUGGCCCCGGCCGUCGAGGAAAAGCUUCGCAACAUCGCCAUGCCCGGCGGCCUCCCCCGCCAUUCUCUUCACAUGUCCAGUCCUGACUCUUUAAGGAGCGAAACAAAGGCGGGCAUCAUUUCGUCGCCCGAGGAUGCCACUGACACCAGACACGAGUCGAGGAAACGCAAGGUUACCUCGGAGCCUGAGGACGAUGAUGAUAAUGAAGACGAGGACAAGCCCGUCAAAAAGACGGCCCACAACAUGAUUGAGAAACGUUACAGAACAAACAUCAACGAUAAGAUUGCUGCGCUGCGAGACAGCGUCCCCAGUCUGCGCAUCAUGUCCAAGAGCGCACGCGGCGAGGACACGACCCAGGACCGCGAAGAGCUCCACGGCCUCACACCAGCACACAAACUAAACAAGGCUACCGUCCUAAGCAAAGCCACCGAGUAUAUUCGGCAUCUCGAAAAGCGAAAUUGUCGCCUGCUGGAAGAAAACAACGCCAUGCAGGCCAGAAUAGCCGCUUUUGAAAAGCUCUUCAUGGCCGGUGCCAUGAAUGGCUCCAUCAGCUCCCAUCAACCACCGCCGGCACAGAUGUCGUUCCCCCAGGAAGGCCAGCCGGGUUUCAUGCCAAGUCCCAUGCCGCAGCAAGAAAAUGGCGAGACGCCCGCCGGUAUGAUUCAGGUUCCCGACGACAUGAGACGCAUUCUCGCUGCUCAAAUGGCUGCCGGCCAGCCGUACCCCGUGCCCCAGCAGCAGGCCUUUCAGGGCAGCAAUCCCGCUGUCGUCCGCCAACAACAGAUUCAGCAACAACAGGUCCAGCAGCAGCAGCAGGGCGCUUGGUCCAAUGCUAGCCCAUACUUUGGCAAGCUCAUGGUCGGCUCGCUCGCUGGUCUUAUGGUUAUCGAAGCGUUCCGCGAGGAAGAGGUCAGCAACGAGACCCCAGACGGCCGUGGCCUGGCUGCGAUUCCCGUGCAGUUGCUUCGCACCGCUGCAAAGGGCCUCGACUUGCAAUACCGCGGAUACCACCUUCACACCUCCAUCCAAUCCAUCCUCUUCUUUGGCAUCUUCCUCUGGAUCUUUGUACCCUCGCUAUUUCAGUCCUCCUCCGACAACCCCAAGAAGCAGGGCGCCGGCCAUCUGCGUGCCGCCCCCUCCAUGGCCGCCCCCAUCCACGUUCGGCGGCAGGCCUGGGCCACGGCCAUUCAAACCGUCUGGGUACCGCGCCACAACUUCUUCCUCGAGGUGGCCGCGCUACUGCUUAAGAUGGCCAAGCUCAGCCUCCGCAACGCCAUUGGCUGGCACGGCUACGCCAUGCUGACCGGCACGACGCAGGAGGAAGAGACAGCUCGCAUCAAGGCUUGGUCCAUCGCCCUCGACUCACAGCUGGCCGGCGGCGACGUUGAAGUCUGCACUCGCCGCCUCCUGCUGACACUUCUCGCCUCGGGCACGCUCCCCGACACACCUGCGCGUCUCAUGCUCAAGGCUUUGCAUGUGCGCGUGCUGCUCUGGAAGCUCGGCCAAACGCGCUUCGUCCCCGCCAACAUGAUUGCGGCCAAGAUUGCCCGUUCCUGUUGGAACGACGCCCGACAGCUCAACCAGCUCCUCAUUCAGCUUCGCACCGAUCCCGCCAAACCGAACGAGGACGAGCUUCCCGAACACCUCACUGCCCUCGUGCAGCGCGAUUGCGACGAGGUCCUCACAGACGCCGUCGUGCACCGUGCGUAUAAUCUCGCCCUCCACAAGGACACCACCGAGGGUGUCGGACCCAAUAUUGAUGGCAUGGACACCGUCGUCUACGACGUCUAUGUCGGCACCCCCCUCGACGCCGCUGCCGCCUGGUUUUCUACCUGCCUCCUGCACGAUGUCCUCUCGGAAGCCCUCGAUACCAAGGAUAUCAACCGUGAUAACCUCGAUACUGCCUUCAACGUCGCGCCGCUCGGCUCCAUUGCGAAGCUGCGCGCCUCGCUUGCCUGCGCUGCCCUCGUCGAUGAGUCCCGCGGCGCCAGCAUCGCCACGUCCCUCAAGCUCCUCGGCACCGAGCGGCUCGAGAGCCCCCUCGCCGAUCCCACCAUCAUCAUCGGCGCCAGCAGCCACGCCUCGAACCCUGACCUGCUGUUGACGCUGCGCUGCGCCGUCGCCGUCGGCCAACUUGCCCGAGCAGGUCGCGACGCCACCGUUGUCGUGUCGCCUUCACAGACCCUCCGUAUCAUCGAAGCCUCCCUACACCCGGCCAUGGCCUCGGCCAUGACCCUUCUUGGCUUCACGGCCGUCAUGACCUUGCUCGAACGCGUCAUGGCUCAGAAGCGCAGCAGCGGCGCCACCGACGCCGAAGCCGACGCCGUCGACGCCUCCCUCGAGAAGCUCGCCGCCACCAUGCGCGUAUGGAUCGGCGGACCCUGCGGCACAAACGCCGGCAUCGACGCCGAUAUCCGUGCCAAGGUCGUCGAGCGCUGCCUCGUCAUUACGAAGAGCCUCGUCGGCAUGGACGUUGAUACGGGUUACGGAACAUCCACUGACGUGAGCGACGACGAGUCCGAUUGA